AUGAAGACCUCCGUGGGCGCCCGCGCGAAGAAUACAUCCGCGAGCACUUCCACGAAGAAGGCCCCCACUGGCGCCCGCGUGGAGAAGCCCGCGAGCACCUCUCCGAUGAAGACCUCCGCGAUCAUCCCCGUCAAAAAGGCCUCAACGAUUGCUCGCGCGAAGAAGAAUAUCCUCGUGAGCACCCGCAGGAGGAAAACUACCGCCAGCUCCCACGCGAGGAACGCCUUUGCGAACACCGGCGCGCUGAAGACCUCCACGAACACCCUCGCGAAAAAGGCCUCCCAGAGUGCGAGCGCCGCGACGCCGAGGAUGCGCCCGAAUGAAGACAGAACAAAGCUGAGACUGGCGGCGCACGCCCUACGGUUCUCCUGCUGUGACCUCUCGGACUCCUUCUGCGUGAGCACGAACUGCGCGGAACGAAAGUGCAAGAAGAUGCGCACGUUGCCGUCGUCGCAGCCGUGGUACUCAACGAUGUACACGAUGUCGGACUGCUCUCCGUUGGUGCGGCCAGGCCGUGUGACCUCUGGGUGGCGGCACGAGGCCGCUGGUCUCCGUCGCGAUUGCAAGCUCUCGGGCCUCUGCGGCAGCAGCUGGGGUCCUUGCGAAAUCGCGGCAGGCACUGGUAUCAUGGGCCGAUGCACGAGGGGCGGCUUCGAUGUAGCCACGCUGCUCAUCGACUUGGUGGACCCUAUGAACCCCGCGAUGACCCAGAUGACCAUGGUCGGCGGAGGCAUGGACCCGAUGAUGGGCGUCCCGAGCUCCAGCAGCGCGGCGGGAGGAGGCCACUGGAGCACGCAGCCGCCGAGGUCCAUGUUCCACUCGCACAGGAGGAAGCGCAAGGGCUUGUUCCAUUCGAUCUUCGGGCACGAUCGCUACCCAGGCCAGAGCCACAGCGAGGCCACCGGCCUCCUCUCCCAACGCCCGAUCUUCGGCAUCCACGGCCACGACGACUACCACCACGGCCACCGCGCGUACCACGAGAGACCGCCGGUGGGCUUCUUCGCGCCCUCAUACCCGGCGCCGCUGAUGCACAAUCCCAACCAGAUGAUGUCAAACCGCUUCUACGACACGG